CCUCCGCUGCCUCGUUACGACUUUGUCGCUCCGCUGCCCCGCUAUAGUCCCUCCAGCCUCCCCAGCGAGCCGAAGAACAACCCGUUAGAGCCCCAGCCAUGGAAGAAGACAACAUAAUAAUGCCUGCUUGACUCGGGGAGAGUUUCCAAGAUGCCAGGCCUUUGGUCCAGUCCUGUGUGUCUGACAGUCAUCUGGUUUCUAUCUUGGUCGCUGCGUUCCAGUUGUGCUCAGAUUUGGACUGAUGAAGUGUCAGGCGUGCAGUACGGCCGCUUGGACUCCAAUGUGACACUAGCAUGUGGGAAGUCACCGACCGGGAUACCGGUGGUCUGGCGUCUCAACCGCAGCUCAGCGUUGCCGUGGCACCGAGUGACAUCAGAUGGAAGUCUAGUCCUGCUGCAGGUCGACCAAUCAGCACAGGGAAACUACAGCUGCUAUGACGACCGGGGGCUCCUCCUCCACUCGGUCAGACUCAGGCUGGGCCAUCCCCCCGGGCUGCUCAGCAUUUCCUGUCAAGUGCCCAAUCACACUCAUGUCCGCUGCUCCUGGCUGGAAUCAGUGAAGACCUUUCUGCCAGCCGAGUACAACGCCUCCUUCAGGGGGAAUGGUCAGGAGUGGAGGCCGUGCAUCGUGGACUUCUCCCGUAAGCACUGUGACGUGGAUCACCCAGCCUUCUGGCAGACCAUCCACACCCUGAGGGUCACGGAGACCAACGCCCUGGGCUUUGAGACCACAUAUGUCCGCUUUCAGCUGCACAAGCUCCUGAAACCAGACCCUCCAGAGUCGGUGUUGGCUCAGCAGUUGGAAGGAUAUCCAAAGAGGCUGAACGUGUCAUGGAACUUCCCCUCCUCCUGGCCGCUGCACGAUGCCUUCCCCCUCAUGUUCCAGAUCAGAUACCGGCCUCAGGGCUCCAUGUACUGGUCAGAGAUCUACUCUGAGGAUAGUUCGGUGGUGAUAUUCGACGCCCUGGCCGGUCACAUCCACCAGGUCCAGGUUCGAGCCCGGGACGAGGUGAACUCAGAGAGCCAGUGGAGUGAAUGGACUCCUCAGCUUCUCAUCAGGCCCUGGGAAGUCUACACCACCCCUGACCCUGUGGACGAUGGAUUUUCAGACUAUUUUUUCCCCGUCAACACAGAGCCUGAAACCUCCACUGCAAAGUCUCACAAUCCCGUGCACGAGGAUGAAGGGAAUCUGGGUUUGGUGAUCCUCCUGGUUUUGUUCUCCGUGGUCAUCCUCACCACGGUCCUUUCCCUCGUCUUUGUAGUGUGGAUGAGGCAGAGGCGGCGCCAUCACGCCACCAAACAGGAACUCACCUCCAUGGUCAAGAUGAAGUCCCUGCCCAUCUAAAGUGAGACACAUAAGCAGCUGUUGAGUUUAAGUUCAUCUAUAGCGUCUUCUGCCUCUCUGGAGCUCCACCAUGGAGUCAGCCUCCUCCUGUACCUCCACAUCCACUACAUCAACCAUAAUGCACCAGGCACCAGGAUCCAGGACUACAGGGACGACAAGGAGCUAUGCAGAGAGGGGCGUUAGCCACUCUAUGUAAGUUCUGGAGGAUUUCCCUGGAUGUAUUCAGUAACUGCACUACCCACAAUGCAUCAGGAGACUCCUACCUGCUCUGUAAGGGGGCGGGACAAACACACCUGUUCACUUCAGCUCCUCAGCGGACUGCAGGAGCGACACCUGGACAUCUGAGCUCACUCACAACCAACGCUGCUUCAGACGGACCGACUCAUGAACUUUAAAGACAACCAGUGCAGCUGCCAAUCAGGAGGACUUUUAUUUUGGUGGGAAGAGGAAGACGUUCUCCUCUUCUCCUCUCAGAACUCCUCAUUUUGUAUGAUUUUUUGAAAAGGAACAGAUUCAUGUGCGUCCGUUCUAUCAUCGACUGACCAACUCACCGCUGUGAAAGAAGCAGAACUUCUGAUGCCAAAGCAGCGACCCAGGGCAUUAAGGUCUCAGCUGACGGGGCUUUAGGGCGACCCCGGUCCAGGGAGAGGUUUAUAGGCUCUACUUCAUUUAUCACUUGUGUUGUUAUGUUGCAUGAUGUUCUCGUUAUCUCGUCCGGCGUCUUUAAGCACAGGCAGCCUGUUGUUUUAGCUCUUUCUAUCCAUCCACUGUUCCCAGAUGUGUGUGAAGACAAAGACGGAGAGGUUCGGCCUUUCACAGAUCACCAGCAUUACCCAGAUAUUUAGUCAAUAAUAAGCCUUUAUUUUAGCAGUGCUCCACUCCAAACAGCCCAUAAUAAUCUGGUUAUGUGUCAGCUUUAAGGAGAUUAAACAAUAGUUGGAUGAAAUCAGAUCUGCAGGUAUUUUUACUGUCAGGUAAAGUUGACAGUUUAUAAAAUUUCAAAUAACAGCUGGAUUUAUUUUUUCCACAAUCCAAGUUCAUGUCUUCUGAUUAAAUAACAAAUUAAAUAAAUGUAAUUAUAUAAAGACAAAGGGGAAAGGAAGUCUAUAAAGCAUGUGAAACUGAAAGAAGCAGUUGAAAUGGGUUAAAUUAUCCUCAAAAACAUCAAAUAUAAGAGUUAAGACAUGGCUGUAGGUUAUUUAGUGUGUAGAGAGACUUUUAACACGUGUGUUAUAGUCUGUUUUAGGAUCUAUGUGUUCAGAUUUUGAAUCAGUCACAAAAAUAGAUCAUGUUACAGAAAAAGUAGGAAAGACAAAAGGAGAAUGGAAAUGGAAAUGCCCUCUGACAGCUGGUUUCUAUAGAAAUGAAUGAGGGAUAAAAAACAGACAGAAGCACUUUGGUUUCUAUUAAAGUUCAUCUGACAGAAAACAUGCUGAGAUGCAUCUCACAGAGAGGUUAGGAGUGAUGUCCACGUGGGUUUAGAAUGAAAAGUGCUGCUUUUAACCCUGCUGUCAUCCUGCGCAUCAAAACUGACCCGUUUUAAAGUUUGAAAAUGUGAAAAAAAUAUAUUUUCACAGUGAAACUUCUGAUGUCCACAUUUUCUACAUUUCUGGGAAAUCUUUGAACAUUUUUUGGUGGAAAAAAAGAAAUUUAAGAAAUGUUUAAGAUCAUUCACAAAAAAAUCAACCAAAAUCCAGCGAAAUUCACUGGACUUUGGUUGAUUGUUAUGUGAAUGUUUUUAAAUAAAAUAUUAGAAGUUUUACUGAUAUAUAUGGAAUCCCUUUAGAUAUUUUUAGGAUUUUUUUUUGGAAGAUUUUUACUCAUUUUUGAAAAUAUUUUCAAGAAUUUUCUUGCCAAAUUUGGGAAAUUUUUUAAACAAAACUUUUAAGGGAAACGUUUAAGGAAUUAUUGGAAUUUUCUUCCUGAAGGUUUUGCAAAUUUUCAGAAAUUUGGGGAUUUUUUUUUUACUAAAUUUUGGGAUUUUUUCCAGACAAGGAAACAGUAUUAUUUGGUGCCUGUAAAUGAGGACAACAGGAGGGUUAAAGGAAUAAAGUGAGUAGGAGCAGUUAGUUUACUGGAGCAGAUCACAUCUAUCUCCAACACCAGGCGGUUUGUGGACGGAUGUUUUCUUCUGACUGCAGCAGUGAGGAGCUCCAGAAGACUUUCACUUAAUUACUAUGAAUGUUAAUGAUGGUUUCUGCUGGAGAUAUUUGACAUGUUUGGAGGGAAACUGUGAGGUUUAGGAGGAAAUACAGAAACAGUAGCCAUGAACACAGUCAGCCUGUUCCACCAUCAAGUUUUCAUCACCUGUUAGUUAAAUCUGGAGUUUCUGGAGCUUCAGGUGUCAGGGGUUUGGAGAGACCAACAUGUACACGAUUAUUUGACAAGAGUGACUCUCGCUAACUGUCCAUGUGUGGUCUAGAUGUCAGAACACACCCAUGAAAAUACCUCUAGAACACCUUCACUCUGCUCUCCUACAGACCUGGUGUCAUCUGAUGGAAAACAUCUCUCUCUUUCUUUGGGUUUGGAUCCAGAGCUGAGCAGUUUGAUUGACUGAAACACAGGAUGCAUCCAGUCAGACUCUAUCUGACCAAUUUGAUUGAUUGAUUGAUUGAUUGACUGUGUAGCUUCAGAAACUCGAGGUGCAGCCAUUCAGACUCUAUUUUCCCAGUCUGACGUCUGUCUGUUCCUAAAGCUAGCUCCACAUUUAUGCAUGGAUCCAGUUGAAGCUUCUUUUUUUUUUUUUUUUGUAUAUUAUUGUAUAUCGCACUUAAGUCCAUAUGUUAUACGUGGUGUUUAUAUGUAAAGAAAAAACAUAUUCUUUGGGGUAGUUUACAGACAUGGUUUAGCUCAGUCCUGAUCAUUAGAAUCCAUAAAUUAAUACAUAAAUAUGAUAUUCGACACUCCCUGCAGAUCAAUACUAAAACCAGUGAAGAUCAGAAGACAGGAGGAUGGGCCAUGUCUGGAGAUGUCUCCUGUCUUUGUGUCUUUCUUCCAGUUAUAUGAAGCUGUGUUCCUGUACGAUUACUGUAUGGACGACGAGUUUACUGAGUUAGUCUUCAGCUUUCUUCACUUCACUGUUUCUUUAUUUCUUUAAAUCAACUGAAAAUUAAUCAGAUUUUCAUUUUUAGCUCUUUUUAAAUUUUGGUUGCACUCAAAGAAAGUAAAACCCUUUAAUUUUGAAAUGACUACAAAAUGAACAAAUAUAUUUUUGCACAAUUUAAAGAGAAAUGUUCCUCUGUCUAAUGAUUUGGUUAAAUUAUCUAAAUAUUUAGAGUUUUUCUAAAAUACCAAAAAUUAACACCUGAAUUCAUUAUUUAAAACUAGAUAUGCAUUCCUGAAUUAUAAUAUUACCACCAAAUAAUAACGCCAGAAGGAAUGUAAUUUUUAUUUUGAAAUUAUUGAUCAUAACUACAAAAGGCCAAAUAUAUUUUUACACAAUUUAAAGAGAAAACUUUAAAAAAUCAGCUCUGUUUAAUAAUUUUAGGAAAUUAUCGAACUAUGUAGAGCCUUUGUAAAAUAAUAAAAAAUCUAAAAUACAAUUUUAAACACAUUAAUUCAUAGUUUAGAAUUAGAUUUUCAUUUUUAAAUUACAAUAAAAUACUCAUCCCAGCAGCCGUAUCCAUUUUUAUUUUGAAAUCCGUCUUCAUAAAUACAAAAAGACAAAUAUAUUUUUAAACAGUUCAAACAAAAAUUAAAAUAAAAAUCUGGUCUUUGUCUGAUAAUUUGGUUAAAUUAUCUUAAUACUGAGAGUUUUUGUAAAAUAAAAAAAUCUAUAAAUACAAUUUUAAGCACAUUAGUUCAUAGUUUAAAAUUAGAUUUUAAGUUUUUUUUUUAACAAUAACACCUUCAGAUAUGAAUCCCAGCAGCCAUGUUGUGAAUGUCACUAAUAAUUCCCUUUAAUGCUUCUUUGCAUAUUAAAUUUUUUCUUUCAUUCUUUUCUACUCUUUCAGGGUACAGUUGAUCAGAUAAUGAACCUACUUUUAUACAGAAUAUUCUAUUUUAUUGAGCAGAACUAAGCAAAAACAUGUUAAAUAUGAAACCCAGAGUUCUGGCACUGACUCAAAAAGCCAUUUUGUCAUCAUUUUGGUUUCAAAGUUGAUAUUUUUCCAGUUUAAAAAACACAAAAUGAAAUAAAAUCUCAAUUUUUAUAAAACAUUUUCCAAAGAAACGUCCAUAAAUCAGAUUUUAUCGAUCAUCAACCAGUAGCAGAGGCUGUUUUUAGCCUGCCACUGUUGGUUUUAGGUCUGUUUUCUGUUUGUAUUAUGGGAUCUUAUUGGCUCGUACUCUUUUCUGUCUCACUCUGGUGGUUUUUCUCUGUUUUCUGUGGACAGGCGUCCAUCCUGUCCUUUAAUGUUCCUCCAGUCUGUGAUAGAAGAUGGAGCCUGUUGGUUUUUAACUCAAAUGACACUCAGGCCUCCACUCUCAGAUGUACAUAGUCUUUUUUUUUUUUUUUGCUUUAUGUGUUCAACAGAUAUCACCAUAAGCUGUUUUUGUUUUUUUCUUCCUGUCCUGGUAUGUUUCUGUGAAAUAAAUACUAUUUUAUCACAAACUUUA